CUAUAAUCCAAGGCUGCCUAAUGGUGCAUGUUGUAUAGUGUCUUCUGCUGCAGCUCCUAUCUGACCUGUGCUAUUUAUCUGUAUUUUAUUUGUUCUGAUACCCCUACACACUGUUUGUCAGGAAGUAGAUUCAUCUACAUUACAGUGAACCUACUGGCAAAGUUAGCACCUCAUCUGCGGGCACAGGUGCCAUUGAAGGAGGUGGCAAUAACUGGGUUUUGAAUUCUAACAACUUAUCUGAGGCACUGCUAGCUACUCUCCGGGUCCGAUUCUCAAAAGAUGGCGACGCCUGCCCAGUGCUACUAUUGUUUCGAGAGCCUCGCUGCUUCCUUUGAAUAUCGAGAGCCUGCCAGCCUUGAGAUUAUAGAGGAGCUUUGGGAACAACAUGAACGAGCGAAGAAAGUUGCUGAACUUGGGACAACGAAUGAACUGGUCAAACGUCUUGUAGGCGCUGGUAGCGGCGAAGACGAAGAUGACGAACUUGACGGAAAUCACGAACCAAGCGGUCAAAAGCAGCUUGGAGAUCUGAAGAUUCCGAAUACCACCCACCUUAACCCACAGUCUUCCUCGGAUUCGUCGAGUGCAUCUACCACGCCGUCAGUCUUCUCGGCUGUGUCGUCUCGCUCACUCUCUACCGGAGUAACAACUCCAUCGGGGCCACCGGAUACGUCGUUGCCUCAAGCGGUUCAGAAGACAAACCAGCGGUAUCCCCUCUUUGUGACAUGGGAUACGCUUUCGAGAAACGGCCACAAGUCUCUGCGCGGUUGUAUCGGCACGUUCGAGGCUCAGGAGCUUGGUGAAGGUCUCCAGUCCUACGCCCUCACUUCGUACGUAAACCCAGUGUAAGAUUUUUUGGAGAGAGGGAUGCGUAGAACUGAUUCACAUGCAGGGCCUUCGAUGAUACGCGGUUUUCUCCCAUACCCUCGUCCCUCUUGCCUUCCCUCUCCUGCUCACUGACCUUAUUGGGCUCUUUUGAGCCUUGUACGAACGCCAUGGACUGGACCCUAGGCACCCACGGACUCCGCAUAUCGUUCAUCCACCGCGGUCGUCGCUACGGCGCAACCUACCUCCCCGACGUGGCAGUCGAGCAAGGAUGGACAAAGGAAGAGACGGUGGAGAGCCUAAUGCGCAAAGCCGGCUGGGACAGUGCUUCCUCUGGAGGUAGUAUUGCUAGACGCAUUCUACGGGGGAGCAGCAGCGGUGGUGAUGGCGGUCACGGUGCCAGCACAGGCAAGCCAUGGGACCAAGUCUCGGAUUUCCGAGCAGUGAGAUAUCAAGGUCUCAAGGCCAGUGCAAGCUACGCCGAGUGGCAGG